GGAGGCACUCGGCGUUCGGCUGGCCGUGCCUGCGGCGCGGCGGGUACGCGUGCGCGGGUGGUGCGCCGGGCGGUGCGGCGCUCGGCACUCGGCUGAUCGCGCCUGCCGCACAAUGAAUGGCCGCUGAGCGCGGCGGGGACGGGGACGGGCACCGGCAGCGGCACCGGGAGCGGCCGGAGCCGCAGCGCAGCCCCCCCCCGGCCUCCGGCCCCCGUCGGCUCCCGCGAUGGCUCAGACGCUGCAGAUGGAGAUCCCCAACUUCGGGAACAGCAUCCUGGAGUGCCUGAACGAGCAACGGCUGCAGGGGCUGUACUGCGACGUCUCGGUGGUGGUGAAGGGCCACGCGUUCAAGGCGCACCGGGCCGUGCUGGCCGCCAGCAGCUCCUACUUCCGGGACCUUUUCAACAGCAGCAAGAGCGCGGUGGUGGAGCUGCCGGCCGCCGUCCAGCCCCAGUCCUUCCAGCAGAUCCUCAGCUUCUGCUACACGGGGCGGCUCAGCAUGAACGUGGGUGACCAGUUCCUGCUGAUGUACACCGCCGGCUUCUUGCAGAUCCAGGAAAUCAUGGAGAAGGGGACUGAGUUUUUCCUCAAGGUCAGCUCGCCCAGCUGCGACUCGCAGGGGCUUCACGGUGAGGAGGCGCCUUCCUCCGAGCCCCAGAGCCCCGUGGCCCAGACCUCGGGGUGGCCCUCGGGCGCCGCCGCCCUGCCCCUGGUCUCGCGGGUGAAGACGGAGCAGGGCGAGCCCGACGGGGUGCAGUGCACCUUCGUGGUCAAGCGCCUCUGGGACGGCGGACCCAAGGACGGCGCCGCCGGCGGUAACGGCAGCCGCAAGAUGGCCAAGUUCUCGGCGCCCGAGACGGGCCGUCAACCGCAACCGCCGGCUCCGGCAGCAGCGGCGGGGCCGGCCACGGCGACGGCGACGGCACCGGGUCCCAGCGCGGCCGACCAGACCAGUCCCGGCGGCACGUCCAGCGCCUACACGAGCGACAGCCCCGGCUCCUUCCACAACGAGGAGGACGAGGAGGAGGACGGGGGCGAGGAAGGCUCGGACGAGCAGUACCGCCAGAUCUGCAACAUGUACACCAUGUACAGCAUGAUGAAUGUAGGGCAGGCAGCUGCGGAGAAGGUGGAGGCGCUGCCGGACCAGGCCACCUCGGAGUCGCGCAACCGGGUGCGGGUGCGGCAGGACCUGGCCUCGCUGCCGGCCGAGCUCAUCAACCAGAUCGGGAACCGCUGCCACCCCAAGCUCUACGACGAGGGGGACCCCGCCGAGAAGCUGGAGCUCGUCACGGGCACCAACGUCUACAUCACACGGGCGCAGCUGAUGAACUGCCACGUCAGCGCGGGGACGCGGCACAAAGUCCUCCUGCGGCGGCUCCUGGCGUCCUUCUUCGACCGCAACACCCUGGCCAACAGCUGCGGCACGGGUAUCCGCUCGUCCACCAACGACCCCAGCCGGAAGCCGCUGGACAGCCGGGUCCUGCACGCCGUCAAGUUUUACUGCCAGAACUUCGCGCCCAACUUCAAGGAGAGCGAGAUGAACGCCAUCGCCGCCGACAUGUGCACCAACGCCCGGCGCGUCGUGCGCAAGAGCUGGAUCCCGAAGCUGAAGCUGCUGAUGGCCGAGGGCGACUCCUACACCUCCUUCAUCAACGACACCGGCAAGCUGGAGCCCGACAUCAUGGGCCCCGAGCCGGCCUUCGAGGCCGGCGGCCACGAGGGCGAGGCGGGUGCCCCUGGGGAGGGCCUGCAGUGACCCCCGCCCCCCUGGGGACCCCCGCCGCGUAGGGACGCCCUCCAGUAGGGACCCCCGCCGGUGGAGGGGCACCCGCGCCAGGUAGGGCCCUGUGAUGGUGGAGGGACCCCCCCGGCGGGCACCCCCUCGGGGCAGGGACCCACCCGGGGAGGGCCCCGUGCCACUGUGGGGCCCCCGGCUGUGGGCUCCGGUCCCCUCCCCAUGGGGUUUGGGACUUGGGGGGGGGGGGGGCAGCAGUGGCUCAGCUCAACUCACCCGUGCCCCCCCCCCAGCGGUUUUGGGGGGCUGGGGGGGGGGACCGGGGCACUGCUCAGCUCGGGUUUUCCUUCCGUGCCGCCUCCUGCUCAGGCGCGAGUCGACGAGGUCUGUGUCCCCUCCCCGGGGCCAGCAUCUCUCUUGGCCCCCCCCCCCGCCUCCGGGUGCCCCGUGUCGCCUCUGGGGGCCCCCACGUCUCCCCCAGGUCCCCUCCCCAGGGCCGACGCUUCUCCAGGCACCCAUGUGGGUCCCCCCCCCCCGUGUCCCCUCCCCGGGGCCACUGUCUCUGCAGGCAACCGCAUGUGUGUCCCCCACUCCGUGUCACCCCGUGUCUGUCCGUGUCCCCCCCCCCUCCAGGGGACCGGCAUCUCUCUGGGCAACCCCACGCGUUCGCCCCGGUCCCCCCUGUCCCGGCGUCUCCCCAGGCGCCUGCAUGUGUCCCCCAGGUUCCCCGCGUCCCCCCCCCCUCCAGGGCCAGACUCUCUCCAGGUGACUGCGUGUGUCGUCCCCCCCCAGGUCCCCUGUCCCCAUCUCUCUCCGGGUCCCCCUGUCCCCUCCCUGGGGGUGGCAUCUCUCCGGGCGUCUGCGUUUGUCCCCAGGCGAUGGCACGUGUCCCCUCCCUGCGCUGCCCAGGUGCCCCCCCCUUGUCCCCCACUCCCCCUGCCCUGGCAGAAAGGGGGGGGCAGAGUUGAGCCUAUCUGUAGCCCCCCCCCCCCCCCGGGGUUUAAAGGCUGAACCUCCCCUAAGGAGCAGUUCCUCUUCGUUAGCCCCCUCCUUCGUUAGCCCCCCCGGGGCUGUCCUUGGGGUGGGGGGACACACACGUGUUACCCUGGGGGGGACACGGAGACCCCCUGGAAGCAGCUGGGCAGGGGUGGACCCAGCGUCCUGGCUGGGUGGUUUGGGGAGGGGGGGUGCGGGUUGGAAUCCCACCUCUGCGGGGGGGGUCCAGACUUGGGGGGACACACAGGGACCCCCCCCCAGCCCUGGCUCCACACCUCCCCACCCCCCCCAGGCCUUUGCACCGGCUUUACUCCAAGCCCCAAAGGGGGAAACUGAGGCACCGUGUGGCAGCUCCCCCCCUGUGCAGACUGGGGGGGGGGGCUGGGAGGGAACCCAGGCGUCUGCCCCCCCAACCCCCCCGGCAGCCCCCCAACAGGUCUCCUGACGUUCGGUCAAGUGCCUUACCCGCUGCCCGGCCCCCGGGCUCCGAUCGCGUCUCCACUAUCUCACCGCUCCGUGCCAAACCGCCCCGGCCCCCCCCUCCGCCACCGCCCCAGCCUGGGGGGGGGGGAGCAGGGACCCCCACACCCCUCCUCUCACGCCACCCUCACCCUGGACGCCUGGGUUCUUCCCCCCCCAUCCCUCUGCUUUUCCCCGUGCCUCAGUUUCCCCCCUCCUGUUCCCCUGUGUGAUGAGUUGUUCCGGUCUCAGCCCUGCAAGGGGGUCCCUACUGUGCUCUCCCCCCCCCCCCCCCCCCCCCCAGCCUCAUGGGUGCUUGGCGAGCCCAGCCCCCCCCACCCUGGCAGGGUUGGCCUUUUUUUCUUUCCCCUUUUUCUUCUUUUUUUUCCAACCCAAAAGCCGUACGGACGAGGGGAGCGCGCGGCGGUGUCUCGGCAGCAUGGAACCCCCCCCAAAACCCCCUCCCCCCGGGCUUGCGCUUCCCCUUUCCCCCCCCCCUUCCCCCGUGCCCCCCUUUACCCCCCCGGGGGGGGGCCCGCCAGUGUCUGUCCCGUGUUAUGAAGUGCCAAGACGCCCGUUCCCGGUGCCCCCCCCGCCGCCCCCCCCCCCC